AUGGCUCUCGAAACAGAUCGAAAGGUUGAUAUUAUGACGGUACCUGCCAUGCAACAUGGACCAUCGGACAUGGAAAUGGGCAAAGCUACUGAGCCAGCCAGUAGCAGCGACGUCAACGCCGACCCCGAGUUCGAUGGUCUGACUCUGUACGAAAAGAAGGCGCUCCUGGUUAACCGGGAGCUCGACGCGCAAGGCAUGGGCCGAUACCAAUGGACGGUCUUCUUUCUGUGCAGCUUCGGCUACCUGCUCGAUCUGUUGUGGGCUCAAGCAUUCGGACUGGUGGUAACCCCAAUGCAGAACGAGUUCGGCUUCGGCGAUACCGAGUUGGGCAACAUAUUCACCUCUUUCUCUGCCGGCUUGACGGCCGGGGCGUUUGUCUGGGGGAUCCUCGUCGACAUCAUCGGCCGAUCCGCUGCCUUCAACUACACGGUCUUGAUCUCCAGCAUUUUCGGAAUCUGCCUUGGUGCUCCAAAUUCAUACAAUGCUGUGAUUGUGUUGACGGCCUUUGUUGGAAUCGGAAUUGGCGGCAAUAUCCCAAUCGACACAACGAUAUGUCUAGAAUGCCUUCCCCAGAACCGUCGCUGGCUUCUCCCAACGCUCUCAGUCUUCCAGCCCAUCGGCGUCGUAGUAUGCAGUGGUAUCGCAUACGGUUUCAUCCCGAACUACUCAUGUGCUCCCGGUUUGGUCUCCUGCAACCGGCCUGACGCCGGCACGCCGUGCUGCAGCAAAGCCGACAACUGGGGCUGGCGCUAUCUGAUGUUCACCAUCGGGGCAAUCACAGUGGCAGUAUUUGUCCUCCGGGUCGUCGUGUUUCGAUUCAAAGAAUCGCCGAAAUACCUCCUGUAUCGAGGCAAAGACGAACAAGCCAUCGAGGUAUUGCAGCACAUCGCACGCUACAACAAACGCGAAUGCCAUCUGACCCUCGAAACAUUCACUUCUUUAUCCUCCGAUGCGGCUUCUGCCAGUACCGGCUCGUCGUCAUCAAACUCCAACCAUGCCAUUUUGCUCGGGUCCGGGUCUAACCAGAAGAAUCUGCCGCUCUCAGAACGAGUCAAAGUGGAAAUGUCACGGUUCAAGGUACUUUUUUCGAGUUUUGCCAUGACCCGUCUUGUGGUGUUGGUCUGGAUCAUCUAUGCCUUCGAUUAUUGGGGGUUCACCAUUGCCGGGUCGUUUUUGCCGACCAUUCUCGCGCGCAAGGGCUCUUCACUUGGCCUCAGCUUGCGCGAAACAUACAGGUCUUAUGUAUAUAUCUACAUUUUCGGCAUCCCCGGCGUGCUGGCCGGCACGAUGAUCUACUCGCGCCGAAGAAUUGCGUUGUUGGUCUCGUCGGCCCUCUUUGGCGCGUGUCUGUUCGUCUUCACCGCGGUCAACGACGAGCCCAGCUAUAUUGGCGUCAAUGGUCUGGUCUACUUCUUCCAGAGUAUGUUCAAUGCUGUGCUUUAUGGCUGGACGCCCGAGGCGUUUCCUGCACCGGUGCGUGGCUCGGCUUCGGGAUUCAGCAGCUUCUGGGGGAGAGUGUUUAGUAUCAUUGCCCCGAUUGCUGCCACCAGGGUGCUUCCUCACAGCUUGAAUGGGGUUCUUUAUCUCGCGGGUGCUAGUGUUUGGAUCUGCACUUUGGCCAUUCUUUUCUUACCGGGUCAGUAUCUGGGCAGCCAGAGUUAUUAA